AUGGAAAACGUAGAGAAGCUCCAAUUUCCAGCUUUAGACAUCACUGGUACCAACUACAUUUCAUGUGUUACAAAUGUUGAACUUCAUCUUGAAUCUCUUGGUCUAUCCCAGACCGUUAAAGAGAAUAAUACUUCAACGCCUCAAGAAAAAGCUAAAUCGGUGAUCUUCCUUAGAAGACACCUUGAUGAAAGUAUUAUUUAUGACUAUGCCAACAUGAGAGACCCUAAAGAGCUAUGGAAGUCUCUGAAAGAUCGUUUUGAUCAUCAGAAAGACAUAACACUUCCACUUGCUCGGGAUGAAUGGCAGAGUCUGAAAUUCCAAGAUUUCGACAAAGUGAUGAAUUACAAUUCUGCUGUGUUAGGAAUUUUGGCUAAAUUGAGAUACUGUGGUGAAACGAUCACCGAAUCUCAAAUGCUUGAGAAGACAUACACCACAUUCCACAAGAACCACAUCACCCUGCAACAACAGUACAGGUUGCAGGGAUAUACCAAAUUUUUGGAAUUGAUUGUAGCUCUUCUCAUAGCAGAAAAGAACAACGAGCUUCUGAUCAAGAAUCACAUGACCCGUCCAACUGGUUUUAAACCGUUUCCUGAAGCAAACACAUUAGAUGCGAAGAAACCACUAAAGGAAAAUAAUACCUUUCGGGCUCGCGGUCGCGGUCGUCAAAACUACCGUGGACGACGACGAAAGUACAAUCCAAAAGAUAGGAAGUCAUUCCAGUGGGUCCGCUCUGAACAAACCCCUAAGGAAAAAGAACACCAAGGAAAUACCUCCCAGAAAUGA